AGAACCGUCACAUCCGGUUAAUGCUCAGAUUUGAGUCCGGCAGGCGCCCAAAAAACAACAACAUUUAAUUUGGUUAAACGGAGAAAAAAGAGCUUUCUGAUGUGUACAGCGGUGGAUAAUGGAGAAAUAAUCAUCCUCAGUGAUGAUGAUGAAGACUGUGAACAUGACAUAACCAGCAGUGAACCCUCAGUUCUCAUCGUGGAGGUUGAAGAUGUGAAGCAAAAUGACUGUCCUUUAACCUCCAGCGCUCUGGAUGAAGACCUGGUUGUGACCUUCUCCCGCCGGGCUGAGGUGCUGCCUCACGCCCGCUACGACUGUCCCAUACAUCCAUUCACAGCUACGGAUGACCACGUCAGUGCUCCUGUGGCCGGCAACAAGCUCAUCUGUGAUCAGUGCUUUUGCUACAUCUGCGACAAGCUGGCGUCAUCAUGUGUAAUGUGGUUUCACAGGGGAGUGUGUCACUGCAACAGCCACAAGAGGAGCAUGUUCUGGAACAACCUCAGAAACAACGCGCUGCUGGGAGAACUGUAUUCUUUCAACCUCACACUGUCUGAAAUAGAUGCUCACCUCCGACUUGCAGAGACGAUGCUGCAGCGCUUCAAACAAGAGCUCGCUGCAAAGUUUUCUUCCUACCUGAAGGGAAACAGGGUAGAGGAAUACGGUCUGAGCCUACUGAACCAGCAAGCCUUCAUCUACGAUUACACACCUGUGUACGAGCUUGUGUCAUCGUUCCUGGACGAGGCAGAUAAACAGGACGGCAGAGCUGCUGCCAUCAUGAGACUGGGAGCCACUGGGGACUUUAUCCGACAUAUUCAACUCUCAGGGAAUUUCAUCUUAAAGUCUCCCAUGGCUAAUGUUGCUGAUGCUAAAUUGGUGUUACUGCAGAGGGUAAUAUCAUCCAUGCAGAGACAGUUGGUGACGGCGGAUUUUACCCCGGAGUUCAGCCGCAAAUUGCAAGAUUUUUACAAAAAAAUCCUCUUCCCCUCUGAGCUGAAGAGCCUGAGGAACAGGUACAGAGAAUUGUGUCGUUACCUGCGAGUCGUCCAGACUGAUGAUCCCAACCUCCUCCAGCAAGUACGAGACCUCAUCCCUUUCUUCAUGUGCAUGGAGGGAGACUUUACGACAGCUCUGCACAGUUUGUUCACCUCAGUGAACGCGCCCGCCUCCCGCUUCACUCCACCUCUCUUCCAUUUUUAUCUCUCCAUCUUUGAAACAGCAACAGCGCCAAAGCUGGUGGUUAGUCAGCCAGCACAGCUCUGCUAUUCGAAAGCAGCGUGGGAGCCAAUUAAAGGUGCUGUGCCGCUACCGCGUGAUGUGCAGGUGAAGUUUGCUCUCAGGGUUCAGAAGUGCUGCUCUGCUGUCUUUACUGAUUCUCAGUGUUGGACCACUUUACUCGCAGUCGUCAACGCACCUCGUGGUUUACUCACCGCUAUACCAGCACCGAGCCCACAGUUUCUACACGAAGCAAAGGAUGCUGUAAAUUCGAUACUGCCCAAGGACCACUGGACGAACAUGCAUAUCCCUCGAUUCUUUCAAGAGGUGUACCCAGAUCAGGCCUUGUUGCUGUUGGUAACAGGGGCUUUAGGUUUAAGAAUCAUAAAUUCUGCUCUGAGUCCAGCCCUCCCUGUGCUCAGUACGUUUAAGGAGAAUGUGUGGGCUCUCGAGUGGCUGUGGGACAGUUUGUCCUCCAGUGCAGAACGCUUCAGCUCCUUCCUACAGGAGGUCACACAGGAGUUGGAAAACACAACAGAUGGGGAUAAUUUGCUACCCUUUCUUCGCACCCCUGUACCCCCUCAGUCUUCUUUAAUGGAGAACCAGCAGUCCAGAGGCUGUUAGGCUCUACUUCUCCCAAGUGUUGCAAUGUCAGCUGGCUGAUUCUGUCUCGCAUUAAACGCAAAAAAACAACCAAACUCUGACGUCCAUUCUGAUGUUCCUGGUGGAGGUCGCAGCACUCUUUCCUCUACACUGGGUUGAGUACCGUGGAGAGCUGGAUGAAUGAAUGUGUGUGUCUGAAUUUUCAUGGACAAAGCAGAUGUCAAUACACAGAUGAAGAGACUUCCUCAUUGUUGUAUCUAUUAAUUACAUUAUAGAGACACUUUAUGUUGCUUCAUUCAUUCAUUCAUUCAUUCAUUCAUUCAUUCAAGGACUUGAUCGGUAUUUAUUCAGCAUGUGGAAGGUCUAAACUGGAAGUUUAACUCUGCACUAUAGGAUUUUUAAUUUUAACAGAGUGGUGUUUGUGUUCUUCCUGGAAAUACUUUAUAUCCACUGUUAUAAAAUGCUCAUAUGAGUCAAUUAUGUAAUGUUGAAUAAACUAUACUAUUUUAUAAAGUGGUUUGCCCACGCUAUAAAAAUAAAGUGUGGGUUGGUCUGGAUUUUUGCAUUAUUGCUUUGAUUAAAUCAGAAUCCCAAUGUAAAAAAAGUGACUUUAUUUUUAGAGAAAAUGUGCACACACUAAAAUCGGCUCAUAUUUGCAUCAACAGAGUAACAAACAUUAAAGUACAGUAAAACGAGCCUGUUGCCUGUGAUAUUGGAAGUCGACUGAGGGGGAGUGGUUGUCUUUUCCCAUCAAUUGAUUUUGACUUUCUUCAUGAAUUUGUGAAAUUAAAGUAAAAAAAUCUAAAAAGAACUCAACAGUUUACAAUCAUUGAAAACGUGAAAAUGUUUUAAGAGUGCAGUCAUAUUAAAAUGGUUUACAGCUGGCAGAAACCCUGAGAGGUUAAAGGUGUGUUUUUAAAAGUAAAUAAUUACCAGUCCAUGUAGCUCUUGACCACCACGAUCCACAAACUACAAGCAACAAAACCAUGUCAGGUCUUAUUUUCCUCUCCUUACAUGAUACAGUGUUCAUAUGUGGCUCAAAUAUCUUAAAAGUUCACAUGUGAUCCAGUAAUAAGUCAUUUUAAAAACCUCACACACACAUAAAAAAAAAU